AUGGAUAGUUCUUCAUAUGAAGACAAUUUUGACGAAGAAACGCGUAGGAGCCUCCGACAGGAAAGCAGAAAUAUCUGCAAAACGAUGUGCUUUGGCUCGUUUAUUUUUCUAUUAACUCUUGCCGGAGCGACAAUCAUCAUUGUUGUUGUUGCGAGUACCAGCAGUAGACCUCAUAUAUCACCGGACGCAAUUGCUUAUGAACCAGAUCAAAUGAAUUUUGACAACAUUUUUUACCAGGAUGCACAAGCCAGAAUGGCAGAAAAAGCUAUUGCUCGAGGUGAGCCUAUUGGAAAAGAUUUUAAAGGAGGACGGAACAGUUAUAAGAAAUUAGUUAAAGAUCAUUCACAUUUGUAA